AUGAUCAAGUUACCCGAAACCUACCCUCUCUCCAUUUCGCAUGCAUGGGCAGCUGGGGCGAUCACCGCUGGAUUAGCUACGUGGUAUUUUAUGUCGAAUAGCACUGCUGCGAAGGCGAAGCGAGCUGGUGCUGCCCUUGGUCCUGGACCGAAGCGAGCCCCAUUCGUUGGCAAUCUCUUCAAUUUUCCGGAGAAGAAGUGGUAUGAGACGUUUUCUAGCUGGGCCACGGAGUACGGAGACAUCGUUUAUAUCGACCUGAUGGGGACGCCCAUGAUUAUACUCAAUUCGCUUGACGCUAUACAAGAGCUGAUGGAAAAGCGAAUGAGGAUUCAUUCUGGUCGACCUCACACCACGCUUGUCUGUGACAUGAUGAGUUGGGGCUAUAUUCUGACUCUCUUGCAACCCAACAAGGACUUCACCGAGCAGCGACGUCUCUUCCAGAAGUCGAUUGGUCCACGUGUCGUGCAAGAAUAUGACUCAUUCGUACAGCAGGGGUGCCCAGAGCUCCUACAACGGCUCAGUGGCUUUUCUGGCGAACCACUGGCCAUUGUAACCAGGAUCUUGACAUGGCGGAGGACAAUGGGUGAUAUCCUUACUCGAAUUGCAUACGGAGAGCAUUUCUUCCAACAUCAUGGAACGGAAAUCAUCAAGUACAACAUCGAGGGGCUGGAAGUAAUCGCAUGGGCGUUUACCAGAUUCUGGUUUGUCGAUGUAAUUCCUCUCAUGCGCUAUAUACCGACCUGGUUUCCUGGGGCAAACUUUAGACGAGUCGGAAAUCAAGGAAAGCACUAUGCAAAUCUCAUUCGGUACUGGUCGUUUGGUCAGGUGAAAGCCGCUAUGGAGAAAGGAAUAACAGAUGAAUCUCUUGUUUCCAAGUAUCUACGCGAAGGUGGAAUUUCCGAAGACAAUCUUCGGGAUGCAGUGUCCGCUAUGUACGCGGCUGGAGUUGACACGACGUCGAUUACCAUUACACACUUUCUUUAUAGUAUUACCUUGUACCCAGAAUGGCAGAAGCGGAUACAUGAAGAAAUGGAUGGUGUUCUUGGAAGAGGUCAGACACCAACGGUCGACGACGUUUCAAAGCUGGAAAUACUGGCCGCCGUUUUGAAAGAAUCACUUCGAUGGAACCCACCGGUACCGCUUGGGGUUCCUCAUGUCAGUUCACAAGAGGAUGAGGCUAAUACAUUCCCAGGAUUUGUCCUCAGAGAUCCUCGUCUUUGGGGAGAGGACAGCCAAGAGUUUAAUCCUGAUCGUUUCUCUCCGGAUCGCAACCCAUUGGCUGACGGGUUGCCAGAUGUGUGGAGUGUCCCAUUCGGUUUCGGACAACGUAUCUGUCCGGGACGACACCUAGCGCAACGCACCAUACUUCUCUAUGCCGCCGUCAUUCUGUCCGCAUACGAAGUUCUGCCGUAUGAGGGGGAACACUUGUCACCGAAUGAGCCUUUUGAAGACUCGAAUAUUAGACGUAUAUCGCAUUUCCGAUGUACAUUCAAGCCACGUUCGUGA